ACACAAAAGCAGUAUUUCUUCAACCUCUUCCCUUAAUCAUGCCAUUUUGUAACGACCAUUCUCUUCUUCUGUCUCUCUCCAGAACUUGCUUUCUCUCUCUAUCAAGUAACCCCGUUAGACCCGGUCUAUCCAUCUAUUACACUUUUUCAUUUCCAGCUCUUUAUUACCCUACUUUUUCUCUCUUCUAUCCUCUCGCUCCUCCCUUUCUCUCUCUAGGGUUUUGAUUCUUUUGUACAGGCCUACCCACCUCGCUUUCUCUCUGCAUUUCUUGAAAUCUUUUCAGUUUUUAGAAUGACUUCUGUGAAGAACAACUUCCUGCCUCCUGGGUUGGUUUCCAAUCUUCAGGAAGUCUUGUUAAGCAGAAAGGGUGAAGAAGAGGGCCAAUCAAAUGAUAGUAAUGAUAAAUCACCUGAACGCUCUACUUGUACUUCUGUUGAAAAUACUUCCGAGACUGAAGAAAAUUCAAAGCCUAUUGUUUUGGUUACUAAUGGAGAUGGGAUUGAGUCUCCUGGUCUUGUUUAUCUUGUUCAAGCUCUCGUCCAUGAAGGCCUAUACAAUGUCCAUGUCUGCGCCCCGCAAUCGUGGGUUUUCCUUGCUUGAUUAUUUAGUUGUGUUUAUUUUGGAUGGUCUUGUGUUAAUUACCUUAUCUGGGGACAAAUCAGUAUCUGGUCAUUCCGUUACUCUGCAAGAAACAGUUGCUGUAACUUCUGCUGAUAUUAAGGGUGCCACAGCUUAUGAAGUUUCUGGGACUCCAGUGGAUUGUGUCUCAUUAGCACUGUCUGGAGCACUGUUUUCUUGGUCAAAGCCUGUGCUGGUGAUUAGUGGAAUUAACCAGGGAUCAAGCUGUGGUAAUCACAUGUUUUACUCGGGUGUUGUUGCUGGAGCUAGAGAGGCAUUAAUUUCUGGUGUUCCAUCUCUAUCAAUAUCACUAAACUGGAAGAAGAAUGAAAGCAAGGAAAGUGAUUUUAAGGAUGCAGCAGCUGUAUGUCGGCCAUUGAUCAAUGCUGCUGUCAGAGAUAUUGAGAAAGGGAGUUUCCCAAAGAGCUGCUCUCUGCAUAUAGAAAUCCCAUCAUCUCCAUCUACAAAUAGGGGUUUCAAACUGACUAAGCAAAGUAUGUGGAGAUCCUCACCUAGCUGGCUAGCUGUUUCAGCCAACCGGCAUCCUUCUGCUGGACAUUUCAUGUCAAACCAACAAAGUCUUGGCAUCCAACUUGCACAGCUUAGUCGAGAUGCUUCUGCUGCUGGUGCAGCUCGCCGUCUGACCACACAAAGGAAGAAUGUUGAAAUUGAAUCAGUUGGGGCUUCAGGAAAAUCUGAUACUAAUCGUGUGAAAAAGUAUUUUCGUCUAGAGUUUCUUGACAAGGAGCAUGAAGAUACUGAUGAGGAUCUGGAUUUCAGAGCACUUGAAAAUGGAUUUGUUGCCGUAACUCCUCUAUUGCUUUCUCCAAAUAUGGAGCCAGACAUUCAUGUAGCAGCCUCAUAUUGGAUUUCUUCUGCACUUAAAGGGGACCAAUAAAAGUCGUCUACUUAGAACGAGAUAACCAGCGAUUUUGUAUACAUUUCCAGUUGUGUUAAAUUAGUUAUUAAUUGAUUUGUGCCUUUUGCAUUUACGUUUUCAAAAUUUUAACCUUAAUUUAUUUUGGUGGAGUUGGGUGGUUUGUAUUUAGCAGUUGCCUACACUACACAAAUGUAAUCUCAAAUGGCCAGGUCCUAAUUGAGUGACCUUGCCUUUUCUUGUAAGGAUUUGCAUUUUCUAUUUAUUUCUUAACAUGUGUUUCAACGAUUAUUGAUAGUGGUACUGAUUUAAGGAA